AUGUCUGAGAAAUUUAAGGAAGAUAUUAGAAACACAAUCCAACAAACUGUGAGGGAAGAACUGUCAAAAGUUCUGCCAAGUAAUAAAGAUACAGGUGAAUGCAGUAGUUCAGAAACUUCGCAAAGUACGCCGACAACAUCGACGACAAGUGCAACACCAAAUAGCGAGACGAGUUGUCAGUCUCGUGGUCAGUCUUCAACGUUAAGUUUUCGAGACUUUUAUCGUAUUCGAGAGGCUAGUAGACAAGAGGAUUUUAAACCAACGAAAAAGAAGAAACGUGGAAAUGAGGCAUCAGCUUCGGGGGCGAAGUCAAAACAACCAAAGGAAGUUGAAAUCAAAGUCGGUAUGGCAUAUGUUAUUGAUGGUGUCUUUAAAAUACGACGAAAUAAGACUCACAUAUUGAAAGUGAAAACUGAUAUCGAGAAGGAGGAAUUGAUUGAGAAAGCAAUCAUUAAACAUGGCAACUUUGAUCAGUCAUUUGAUCGUGUAAGUCCCUAUGUCCUUCUUUAUCCAGACUUUAGUGAGGUUAACUUUGUUCCAGGAACUGAAGAAAUAUUCUCUCUGGUGAAAUAUAAGGAGGCUAUCUCCAAAGACUACAAGAAACUUACAUUUUACCUUUGCCUUCGUGAUGAGUAUCAGUACAACCAGUUUUCUGACUGGUCUUCUCCUGAUGACAAUGAGGAGAACAAUGACACUAAACAUGAGAAAAAUGCCACAGUGAACACAACUAAAGAUAGCCCGCCUAUUUUUGUCAUGGAUGAUGAUGACGACCCAAUGCUUUUACUUGCUAUCAACCGGAGCCAACAGGAUGAAAAUAUGCCUGUUCUUAGUGAAACAGCAAACAAUGAGGAAAAGAUGUCUGCAGAGCCCAGUUCACUAGAUGAGGCACUUGAAUUGAAAAUGAAUGAUAUCCCCAAUGACAAUUACACAGUUAUUGAAGUAACCAGAAAACAUCUGGUGGAAAGAACAUUUGAGCUGCUGAAAGAUGAAGAUGAUAUAAAGGGUAGAGUUAUAGUUAAGUUCAUUGGGGAAGAAGCAGUGGACACUGGGGGUGUUACUAGAGAAUUUUUUACUAAUUUUUUUCAGAGUAUAUUAAGUAAUGGUAAUAUAUUCCGUGGUAGCUAUCCCAAUUUAACCUUUAGACAUAACUUGCAUGCAUUAGAAGAAGGCCAGUUUGAGAUGUUCGGAAUAUUAACUGCCAUUGCCUUACUGAAUGGAUGCCCUGGGCCUCAUUUUCUUUGCCAUUCACUUGCAUCAUUCAUUCUUGACAAUCAAUUAGAGGUUGUUCUAGAUGAUGUGCCUGCAGAAUCAGAGUUUAAAACAAAACUGAUUCAGAUUCAAGGUUGUAAUAAUGAGGCUGAGCUUUCAAAUAUAGUCAAUUCUUUCCCUGAACGAUUUGACAUGGGGUACACUAAACCAGUUCUCACUUUGAAUGACAAGGAUGAUCUAAUUAGAUUUUGUUCCAAGCAUGUUGUAAUAAGCAGUGUUGCUGAAGAAAUUUUUAGUUUUCGCAAAGGUUUAAGCAUCUUUGGUGUGUUGCAUGAAUUAUGUAAGUUUAAUGAAGCUGGACUGGCAGAGUUAGUGUACCAAGAUAUAAACACCGAUCAUGUCAAAGCGUGUUUUAAACCUUGUUUCUCAGCUGUUGGGACAGAUGAGCAUGGCAAAGAAACAGAAAUUGUGUACAAAUGGCAACAGUUUUUGAAAAAAUCCAAAAGUGGUAAAUUAAAAUCUAAGGUGCUUGCUUGCCCAGAUUGGAAUAAUCCUGAUCAGGCUAUAAGUGUAGAUGAUUCACCAGUUGUUAAAAGUCUUUCCCUAAAUGAUAUAUUACAGUUUGGGAGUAGUUCACGAUUCCCUAAUUUUAAAGGCUCUCUAGCAUUUGAUCACCAGUGUACUGAUGCACAUAAGAGGCUAACUGGUAAUACCUGUGCUUUAACCAUUUGCAUACCGGUAAAUGAGAGGUACACAAAAUGUAACACAGACACAUUUGCCUUAAAUAUCAUGGAAGACAUAUUUCAAGACUAUGGACUUGGGCAGAGAUAG